AUGUUCUUUUCUUGUGAUCUGGGAGAACAAAUAGUCCUUCCUCAUAAGCUCGUCGCGAUGGGUUCUCUACCUGUGCCCGCAUUCCCAGGCGCGGCGGCCAAACAAUGCCUUAACGAGAGCAGCCGCAUUGACGAGAGAGCCCUUACGACGCUGUUCAAGUCGCAACAGAGCCACCUCAACUUCUUCUUCAACCACAUCGACCACUCCCAAACCCUAGCCUUCACGCGCGCCCUCCUCGACGCCUCCGGCACCGUCUUCUUCACCGGCGUCGGCAAGUCCGGCUUCGUCGCGCACAAGAUCUCGCAGACGCUCGUCUCACUCGGAAUCCGCUCCGCCUUCUUGUCCCCGGUCGACGCGCUCCACGGCGACAUCGGGAUCCUCACCGAACGCGACGUGCUCGUCCUCCUCAGCAAGUCCGGCGCCACCGACGAGCUCCUCCGCCUGGUGCCUUGCGCGAGGGCGAAGGGCGCCCUCCUCAUCGCGCUCACCUCCGUCGAAGGCAACGCGCUCGCCGCGAUGUGCGACAUGGCCGUGCAUUUGCCCCUCCAGAGAGAGCUCUGUCCCUUCAAUCUCGCGCCGGUCACAUCCACCGCCAUUCAGAUGGUUUUCGGCGACACCGUUGCCAUCGCGCUAAUGGAGGCGAGGAAUCUCACCAAGGAGGAGUACGCCGCGAACCAUCCCGCCGGCAAGAUUGGGAAGAGUCUCAUCUUCAAGGUGAAGGAUGUGAUGAGGAAACAGGACGAGCUUCCAAUUUGCAGAGAAUCGGAUUUGAUUAUGGAUCAGCUUGUGGAGCUCACGAGUAAAGGAUGCGGAUGCCUCCUUGUUAUCGAUGACGAUUACCGUCUGAUCGGAACGUUCACCGACGGUGAUCUCCGUCGCACUCUCCGAGCGAGUGGAGAAGCCAUUUUCAAUCUCACUGUGGGGAAAAUGUGCAACAGGAAUCCAAGAAUUAUUGGUCCGGAGGCUAUGGCAGUGGAGGCGAUGAAGAAAAUGGAGGCACCUCCAUCGCCUGUUCAGUUUUUGCCCGUGAUAAACGAUGAGAAUAUUUUGAUUGGGAUUGUGACCUUGCAUGAAUUGGUUUCAGCUGGCUUGUGA